CAUAUCGCACCCCUACGAUACUCCGACGCCGCUACCCAUUAACGGAGCCUCCACGCCGCUACCCAUUAACGGAGCCUCCACGCCGCUACCCAUUAACGGAGACCCCAUGUCAUUAGGUCAGCCAUCGUCAGUAGCAGAUAAUCCAGUAUUACACUCACCAAUGGACGUGGCAGCUCAUGAAGACCGCAGAGCAUAUGUAUUAGACACGGCAGAUGCGCAUCGGGAAGGGCCUUACCAGUCGGCUCCGUCAGGAAAUUCGGCGGCCGAACUCGGCCGUGUGCGGCAGACGGAAGCAGCAGGGUUAGGGGCAAGAGCCGGCGAGGGUGCGUCAGGGGGUGUGUAUGGGGCCUCGCCGCCUCCGGAGAAGCAAGAGAAGCUGGCGACCCAAGCACCACCACCCCUCCACACCCGCGUCUGGGGGAACCUGCGUCAUGGUGAACACAAGUGUAGCGCUGACCUCACGGUAGACUAUAUUCACACAGGAAGCACAGGCUCACAGCUGAUCUCGUCCACCACCAUCACCGCCCUGGACUGCCCCGCCCCAGACGACUGUCCCGCCCAGACUGCAACGCCCAGAUGUUCCAGUAAUUGCCCAAAUGCUGCUUCUGGUACCUGUGGUCACAGUUGUACAACUGUUACAACAAGUGUUCCGCCACCUGUCCACGUGUGUCAAGGGUGUUCUGUCAUCGCCCACACUCACGGCCCCAGCAUACCUGUUGCCUGUUAUUCAAAUCCUGCCACUGUCUCCUCCGAUGACUUUGAUGAUCACGGGGCGCAUUUCAUCGAUGGCACAGAGGGGAUGGGUAGUAUUAAGGAUGCGGGAGAGUAUGGAGAUUGCAGCGGUUCAUUAAGCGAUGCUCAAGUGCCUUGUAGCACUUGGCUCCUUGACACUUGUCUAUCCUCCUGUAGAGGCUCUUGUCCAAGCCUCGAUCAAGUUACGGUAAGAGAGCUACUCUUCUCUGACAGCGAAGAUGACCGGUCGGUCUUCAGCUUUAAGACAUGCAGCUCGGGCAAGGAGAGUGAGGGCGCGGGUGGUGUGUGGUGCUCCUGUGGGGAGGUGUGUCUUACUGAUGCUGAUACAGAUGCUAGCAGUGAGUGCAGCCUCGGCAGGUUUGCACCAUCUUCCGAAGAUCUCUGGCAGUGGAACCCCUCCUACGAGGAAGACGACCACAGUGCCCCCAGUACAGACACAAGGGGCGCAAGUUCGGUGGCAAUGCAGGCAUUACGUGGACAACAGACGGCCCCGUGCCAAGUCUUGUUGCCCAGAGAGGUGCCAGGUCACUCUGCCUCCAUGGAGCCUCAUAGGCAACUUUUAUUUGCAUCACCAGUAGGUGACCGGCCGGCGAGGAGUAGACUCGGAUGUUCAGAAAAUAUCAGCAUAACGCCCGACAGUUUCCCUGACAGCCACAGCUCUCAGCAGCCUUGGCAGCCAUCAGUGUGCAGAGGGUCGUGUGCCAAUGGUGAUGUAGAGUGCGUUUUGAUAACCAGCCAUGACGCCAGGUGCACCAUAGACCUAGAGGGCGACUGUGCUCACUGUGAGCACCGUAGGACUCCAAGCCCCGCCACACACACGUCUACACUGCCACACACCCCCACUUGCGAGCAUCAGCAGGCGCCAGGCCUCCGAGGAGUGUCUGUUACGGAUAAGAAGACGGAGGAGGGAGCAUUUGUGACGGUGGGGGAGAAGGAUGGGUCGGCCCCGCCUCAAGCAGCGCCACCAGUGCCCCGUGAACGGUGCCACCAUCAGCAAGUACAGCGCCCGCCUCCUGACGCCGUGCGUCGCCCUACCCACUCCUACUUGGGCACUCACCCUCUUGGCCCCGCCCUCACCGCCUGCCGCAGUCCUCCCCGCCAUGACGGACUAGACCACAGUUUGAUGGCGGACAUCUUCAGUGACAGUAGCCCCAGAAUACCGGGCCAGAAGCGGAUCACUGUCAUCCACGUGAACGAGGCGGACCGUGGGACCCGUGUGGAUGACUCUAACCCAUCAGAGGAGCCUGGCUCGCAACUGUCAGGUGCGCAGGGCAGCAGAGCCCAGACCCUGAGUGGUGUGUAUAGCCAUGUGGAAGACGAGCCAGACGAAGAUAUGGGUGCUCAGGGUUUAGUGAUAAUAGAACAAAGUGACGCGGUGGAAUGUGGGCAGAAUGACGUGUCGGAGGCUGGCGAUAGUGACGGAGGGGGGAGUCACGGUGACGUCAUGGACGCGGGCCUUAGAAGCAAGACUACCCAUCGCCGGCCAUUUUUAGACACUGGGGUUUCACCGAGAUACCAAACGUUUCCCUCCGAAUCUGGGGAUGGUGUCGGCGGUGUGCGUAAGUGCAGCAGAAACAGCAGCAGCAGCAGAAACAGCAGCAUUCCUGGCGGGUGUGUUCCCGCCACCACCACCCUCACUCCUGUAGCCGACAGUGGCACUCACCCCAGUGCCGCCUCCCACCUCCUCCUUCCCCAACAGCUGCCCCAGCUGCCGCCUCAGGCGUCAGGGGCGUAUCCCACACAUGCUGUGAUGGGGAGAAGCGGCACUGUGCCAUACCGGCCUGUUCUUUCCUCCUUCGGGGCAAAACUUGGCUCUCCCUCUGGCUUACCUUUGUGGUCUGACUGUGAAUGUUUGGGUAAAGACACAACAUUAACCCACGGGAAAGGUAAUGAACAUUGCUUAGCUGAUAAUGAUGGAGUGUUGAAGAGGAUGGAGGGAGCAAGUGAAGGUGAUGGUGUGCGUAGUGAAGGUGUUGCCGUGCACAGUGAAGGUGAUAACUUGCGUAGUGAAGGUGAUGACGCGCAUAGUGAAGGUGAUGACGCGCAUAGUGAAGGUGAUGACGUGCAUAGUGAAGGUGAUGACGUGAGUAGUGAAGAUGAUGACAUAUAUAAUGAAGAUGAUGACGUGCAUACUGAAGGUGAUGACGUGUAUAAUGAAGGUGAUAAUAAUAACAAGUGUAGUGAAGGUGCAGUUACCAGACAAAUAGACGGGUCACGGGUGCCAGCUUCCUCACUACCGGGUGGCACUGGACCCUCCCUCUGCCCCCCUCCACCGACCUCAAGUGCCACGGGAGCCAGCAGUGACGGGCACAGUGAGGUAACUGGCGCGUGUUUAAAGGAGCCAACCUGGCGCCACAGUGGCCAAGCUUGCUGCCAUAACAGUGAGCUGGAUCACCGUCACGGUGGACCAGACUGCUCUCCCGGUGGGCUCUGGCUCCCAGAGAGCACACCAGAGGGGCGUGGGAGCGGGCAACGUGAGAGUGAGAGUGGAGAGGGUGGGAGUGGUGGAGAGGGUGAGAGUGGGCAGUGGGAGAAUUCAGGCUUGGUUCACGCCCGCCCUGUUCUAGUACUCGAUGACUGUCCUUACGAUCAUUUCACACACCCACUCUUAUCUCUCCCCUCUCUUUCUCACCCCUCUCCAGCUCCUCCCUCUCCAGCUCUCCCCUCUCCACCUCACCCCUCUCCACCUCACACUCACGCCGCUCUCUACAAGCACAGUCCAUCGCUAGGAGAGGACGAGUGUGUGUGCUCUGAGAAUACUGCACUCUCGCAGGACUGGUGCGACCUAGCUUGGUGGCAGGAUGAGAGUGAGUGCCAAGUGCCACAGCAGGCUGGCACUGGCGGCAGGUCGGCGGGCAGUUGUGGCCAUGGCACGGUGGGGGAGGCACACCUCGCCUGGUGCCCGGGGGAGGUGAUAGGCUCCCUUCAGGUGCUUGUGAGGGACGUUUUGUGGUGCUUCCCGGUGUAUGGCACUGGCGAUCAGUGCCAACAUGCUCUUAGUGAUGUAUGGGAAUUAGUGUUGGCCGGCCAUGGCUGGCACACGGCUAUAAAUAGUGUGGGUGAACUAGUGACUAUGAGUAGUGACAACAAUAUGGAGGGCCCAGCGCCCUCUGCCUCCCUCAGAAGUGAGCCGCCCCCCAUACCCACCACCCAUAGUUCCAUAUACGGUUUUAAAAUUGCAAAUAACGAGCAAGCCAAAGUCAGAAACUUGGUGCCGCUGUUCGCCGGGAACAAGAGUGCGUCGACGCGGGACAUCUGCAGUAAUGUGACCUUCCGGGUGAAGGGAGACGCCACCUGGCAGACCCACCGACCCAACAGGAACUCUGACAUGUGUGACGUGCAGAUGUACCGCGGCGCCGACACCAGGAGCAGCACUCCUGGACCCUCGGAGGAAGGUGAAGCCGUCAUCAAGCUGUGUGGUGUCAACCUUGGCUCCCGUCCCUCCUCUCCCGACCCAUAUCCUCUCUUCCGGUGCCACACGCUGCCGCGGAAAUUGCCACAAUUCAGACUGUCGCCACUACCACCCUGGCCGCAAGAAACUCCAGAAAUACAAGUUGCCUCUCCAGAAGCAGAGAGUGUAGGCCUAUCAUCAGAGCCAACGUCGCCGCGGUUGCCGGAAGUGCAGCGUGCAGGUGUGCAACAUGAGCCAGACACAGCACUUCGUAGCAUCUUGGCCUCGAACAACACACCUGUUGAUGUAUUCUAUGGUGAGGUGGAAGGUGGAGGCGGCAGUGUUGGUGUGGAGCAGGUGGGGGGCGAUGGACACGAGCCACACACCACACCACCUUGGACGUCCACUCCGCUACACCAGUGGUCGUCUACCCCUUACACACUUACAGCCCCCAAGAAGCCUACUUCAGAGUGCACCAGUCAUUCCUCUGGCCCCACACGGCCGGUCCUUCCCUGGGGCAGCCCUGUGACCCUGGCGCCGCCGCGGGGUGGCUGUGUCAACGCCAUCCCUCGCCCCUACACGGCUGGUCGCAGCUACCCGGGAGGCCACCAUCCAGUUUCUCACCCAAACGUCUGUCAAGACAUAAAAAGUGAUGCCUUGGAAGGUAGAGUAGCGAGUGUGCAACUAGAGUUAGACACCACACCGCCGCUGCCUUCCCCUGGUGACGAACUGAGAGCUCCCCAGCAGGGACGUGGCGAGCUAGGUGGAGCCGGAGACUUCCAGCUUACUACGUGCACCGACAAUUUCAGGCCCUCGUCACCGUGUGUUGGUGGUGUGGGUUAUAAUAGUGGCGUGAGUGGUAGACAGAAUAUUAACAAAGCAAGUUGUCUUCCAGCUACUGGUGGGCAUAAUAUUCCCGGUGCAGUAAGUACUAGAGUUGAAGAUGCCGGUCCCCUAAGUAAACCUUCUCACGUCAACGGCCAUACUUUACAGACUUCAGAAACUUGGCUCAGUACUUUCCCGCCGACGCCACCAACCGGUUCCAGUCAUGGCGCAGCGACGGAGACAAAUAUAGCUGAUUGCUACGGGAAGCCUGGCCCGUUAGCACCCGAGAGAGUAGGACCGGGCGCCCAUGACGUCCCCAAGGUCAACACAGCAGCACUGGAAACUAGUAAUGAUCUUCUGCCUUGGUUGAAGAUUAUUGAGCCCUUACCUGCCUACAUGGCAGCUGCGCCACAGGUCAACAUUCCUCCACCAUUAUACAACACUUCUCAAGUGAAAACUGUCAGUUCAGUAAAUACGAUGCCACAUUCUAUUGAAAAUAGGACAAUAAUUAAACAAUCGGGGAUGAAGAGGCCUCUCUUUCCAACAGGAGUAAAGCCAUCAUGCCCAGCUGAACAGGUAGGGACUAGAGCAGGACCCUGCCAUGAUCAAGUAGAACCACAGCAGACAAUGGCUGCCGCAACAGAACAUUUAGUUCCCCCUGAAUCAAAGCACUCAGAGGCAAAUAUUGGCUUAGCUGAAUAUUCCUGUAUUCCAAAGGUGCCUUCGCAUGCAACACGUGACACUAAACUGACAUAUUUUGUACAGAAAGACCCAUCCCAAGCAGAUACCGAGAAAGAACAUCUGUGUGUUAGCCAACAUGGGCCUCCACAGUCCCCGCCAGAGCCACCUCUUCGGAACCAAAGUAAAACAACACGGAGAAUGACAGCAGUAGUAAAGUCUGAUAAAACUGAAGCAGAACCCACACACAAUAAAAUAGAACCCCAACAGACAGUGACUACUGGUCCAGUAAAAUAUUCUCACGGUCAAGAAUGGUCCUCACAGGGAAUUAUUGACUGUGCGAAACCUUGGCUUACCCAAGAAGAGUUCUCACAGACAGUUGUUGGCCCAACAGAACUUUGUCUUGACCAAGAACAGUUCUCACAGACAGUUAUUGGCCCAACAGAACCUUGUCUUGACCAAGAACAGUUCUCACAGACAGUUAUCGGCCCAACAGAACCUUGUCUUGACCAAGAUGAGUUCUCACAGACAGUUAUUGGCCCAACAGAACUUUGUCUUGACCAAGAACAGUUCUCACAGACAGUUAUUGGCCCAACAGAACCUUGUCUUGACCAAGAACAGUUCUCACAGACAGUUAUCGGCCCAACAGAACCUUAUCUUGACCAAGAUGAGUUCUCACAGACAGUUAUUGGCCCAACAGAACCUUGUCUUGACCAAGAACAGUUCUCACAGACAGUUGUUGGCCCAACAGAACCUUGUCUUGACCAAGAACAGUUCUCACAGACAGUUGUUGGCCCAACAGAACCUUAUCUUGACCAAGAACAGUUCUCACAGACAGUUGUCGGCCCAACAGAACCUUAUCUUGACCAAGAACAGUUCUCACAGACAGUUAUCGGCCCAACAGAACCUUGUCUUGACCAAGAUGAGUUCUCACAGACAGUUGUCGGCCCAACAGAACCUUGUCUUGACCAAGAACAGUUCUCACAGAUAUUUGUUGGCCUAACAGAACCUUGUCUUGACCAAGAGGAGUUCUCACAAACAGUUGUUGGCCCAACAGAACCUUGUCUUGACCAAGAACAAUUCUCACAAACAGUUGUCGGCCCAACAGAACCUUGUCUUGACCAAGAACAGUUCUCACAGACAGUUGUCGGCCCAACAGAACUUUGUCUUGACCAAGAACAAUUCUCACAAACAGUUGUCGGCCCAACAGAACCUUGUCUUGACCAAGAACAGUUCUCACAAACAGUUGACGGUCCAACAGAACCUUGUCUUGACCAAGAGGAGUUCUCACAGACAGUAGCUGGGCCAGAAGCACAUAGUAAGAGUGAAGAAAGAUAUUCGUUGUCAUCGAGUGUUCCAGGGAAAGCUUGUAAUAGUCAAAUGGAGUUUUCGAAGACAGUGACUGACCUAGUAGAACCUUGUCGUUACCAACAUGAGCCUUUAGAAACAGAAGAUGGCACAACAGGACCUUGUAACAGACAAAAUGUGUUCUCUCAGUCAAUAUCUGGUCCAACAGAACCUUACCAUAGUCAAGAUGAGUUCUCAAAACCGACGAGUGAGCCAGUAGAACGUUGUUAUUCCCAGGAAGUGCCCUCGCUGUCUGUGAAUUGCUCGGAAGAACCUUCCCACAGUCAAGAGGUGCUUUCUGAGUCUGUGAUUGGCCAGACAGAGGCUCGUUGUAAGCAAGAAGCGCCCCCACAGCUAAUGCCGGGUACAGUAAAUUGUUGUCAAGGUCAAAGUAGGCGUGACGUUGGUGCUGGGGGCAUUAUCACCCCAGAGGAACACAUUGAUAUUGGCGCCGUCAGCGACAGCAAACUCCGGUGCGUAUCGUCUAAGCGCGAAGUGUCAGCAGUGAAAGACUUUAACUUAGGAAGGCCUCGGACGUCUACUGUCACGUCGUCUGGGGCACAUACUCCUCUGACGGAUGACAUUAUGUACCCUGAUGCCAUUCUGAAAGUAGACAGUAAGUUAUUACAUAUUAAAAAACUGUUUACACCGUGCUUAGAUGGGAAGGUCAGUGAAUAUGAAGAAUAUAAAAACAUUGACUUGGAUAAACAAGAUUUGUCUCGUGAUGAGGGAGGUACUCUGGUAAGCGGCCAACAAGACUCCAGCAGUAUUGCUGGAGGUACCAAAGUACCUGAAGACCUUGCUGCAUCACCAGGUUCACGUAGCUUGAGCAGCAGUGUAGUUAUAGAGAGGGAGGAAUGUUGUAAUGAAGAAGAUGGAUUGAAUGUGUUGAAAAGUGACGCUGGGGCCGUGGUAGAAAUUGACAGUGAAGUACAAGAGAGUGCAACAGGAAGAGCUUCUAUGAGAGAUACCGCUGCUAGGGAGGGUAGUUUGAGUGUGGAUACAUCUACCUGUUCAGUAGGUCGAGGGAAAGGUGCCUACGACCCAUUGAUAGUGCGUCACCAACAGGACGGAGGACAAACCAAAAGACGAUCAAUGCGGUUUCCUCUGGAUAUUAUAUGCGGCACCAAGCUUCAGCACCAACAGAAGGCUGGGGAACUUUCCCAACCGGAGUUCACCAGGCACAGACUCUCAUCUCUGGGCCACGUACAGCCCCUCAGUGCCAGCCCAGGCCAUGCUGACACCGGUGCCAGAUCCAAAUCAGCUUCACGCAUUGGCUCCGGCCUCCCUGACCACGGCGCACCGAAUAUUCAGAAGCUGGGCCCAGGUGGUGGGUGCACGAGUGAACAGUUGGACACGAGCAGAGUUGAGAAUAUUAGAGUGUUACCUCCCUCGCCUUCCCCACCUCUACUUCCACUCGACCCUAUUUUAGAGAAUAAAAUCAAACUGACAAUAGGCUUUUGCGCUGGAAACUUGUUAAGCAAUAACUCAAAAUGUCCUGCAGUGUCAAGCGACACUGUAACGCCGGAGUCAGGCCACAAUAUGAAUGUAAUCCACAAUGGAGUGACGCUUGAAACAAGUUGCACUACAGCAUCGCCUCAGUAUUCGAAAGACAUUCCUGAGAGUGUGAGUAGCUUAUUAACCGGGAAUGCACCCGAUGCCGUUCGCAGUUCAGUUGAUCAUGUUCCCGCGCAUAGUAAAGAGCAACCAUUAAAAGAUGCAGUGAUGCAAACAGACGGUUUAAAUUCAGUAUUAGAAGAUGUUUUUGGUGGAAUUGAAGGCUUUGGAGAAAACAUACACAGAAAUUUAGACACAAGUUUUAUUCCCACAUCGAUACCACCACUUGCAAGCUUCGUAAAUGAGGAUGAUGAGAAAUCCUUACACUGCUGUGCAGAUGGUGUUGAUGCUCACCAGCUUGUGAUCACUGCAGAUGGAGGUAUGAUACACAGUAAUGGCAGAGGAGUGAAGACUGCCGCCCUAACAACCAUACAAGGAGAAGAGAGCCCAGUCUUGCAUAAGGUACAGCGGAUGGACAACCAGCCUCAAGAUUUUGAGCAACUAAGCCCACACCACCACCAGCACGGUGUGAAGUAUCAAGGACAGACGCAAGGCAGGCAGGAGCAGGAACACUAUAUGCAUGAGCAGGUACAAUGCAACCAGAAGCAGAAGCAGGAACAGGAACGAGGCAAACAGGAACAAGGCAAGCAACAACAGGAAUGUGGCGAGCAGGAACAGGAACAUAGCAAACAUGAACAGGAACAUAGCAGUCAUGAACAGGCACACGGCAAUCAGGAUCAUGAAGAAGAACAAGAAACCCAAGAAGAACAUGAACUGCUGUGGUAUAAAUCGUCAGGAGAGAGUUCAGAGCAUCGUCCACCACUUUUGGGUGUCCCACCCUCUGUUCUCCUGCCUGGGGUCAAAUUAAACCAGACGAUAUUAAAUCAACCAGCUCAAGUUGUGAGCCUAGAUGACCCCCAUAAGAUCGACUCAUCACCAGGGACCUCUACACUCGCGAAUUACAAAACAAAUCUUCUCUACAUAGACGAAUUGGAGUCUGACACGGGCUUGACUCGACAAGGGACAGAGGGCGACAUGGACAUGGCGACUUUGCUCGGCAUAGAGCAAAGGGCGAGUGGGUGGGAAGGUGCACCGUGCACUCACAGAGCAGUAGCAUGUUGCUCGGGAAAUCAACAGGUAGAUACUUCACUUGGCCCCUCACAGCCACACUCGCCCACCAUCCCGUCAAAUAUAAUGGUAGAUAAUGAUGGUCUUAGACAGCCAUCAGUCGUCAAAACGACUGAUACCGUUAGCCGAAACAAUGAUUCGGUAAGCAGUGCAGAUGGAAUGGUUCAACAGAAAGUGUGUGUGGAGGUCAUUGAAGAAAUGCCAUCUUCUCCAGUAAUGCUGUGUAUUGGAGGCAUCAGUGCCCUUAUAAGAGAGGAAUCGGUUGAUGAAUAUGAACAGGCUCUGGAAGUGGUCACACCCGAUCCUGGUCAUGGAUUCAGCCACAGCUCGGCCAGCGUUGCCACUGUAGUGCGUGUUGAUACUCCUGCUGGCUACAGUCACCCGCCUCCUGCUGAAGAAGAAGGAGAGGAUGAAUUUGUUGAUGCCAGUGAUACUCUGGAUCUCGGCAAGGAGGCCAUUAACACACUAGCAAGAGUGAUUGAUCCUGAACAUCACCAAAUCCACAUUCCUUCCACAUCUGUUCAUGCUCAAAAAGUGGUAACAAAUGAGGCAAUUUCAGUGAGCACAUCUGACAUAUUGUCGUCAGAAGACAUGCUUGGCAAUCGGUCUGAAAAUAUCACUUGCACUCUUUCAUCGAGUGCCUCAGGAGAGGUCUCAGGAGUCGUGUAUCAAAACACUCGCCAUCUUCCUGUUAUCACUAAGAGAAUGGGGAAUACCAUGCCUGAAGAUGGUUCUGUAUCAUCAGGUCAUAUAACCGACCCUGGCAUGCUGGCUUCAGCAUCAGCUUCGUCAACGGGGUCUGAAAAUUCCUGGACCUCCGGCGGCGGCCCUGUGACUCGAAGGGAUCUGCUACCCUUAGACGAGGACGAGGAGGAAGCCCAUUGGCGUGCACUCCUUGCUGUCAAAAUGUCACAAAGCGAGGAGGAUCCUGCUGGCUAUGAGAGUGAUGAAGACUUUGAUACUGUUGAUGCUGACAUGCGACGUCUUGAGGAAAAACUCAAGAAAUUUGAGAGAGAACUGGGUGAGGAUAAUGAGGAAGAUAUUAAUACUAUGGUUCAAGAACAGGAUGGUUGCAAUAAUAACACUUCAGUAUUACAAUCUCAAGACUCAGAAUCUCUCCGAUUUUUCCCGCUGCCACACGUGUUUCCAACUGUGCCAUCAGCAAAAACCAAGCACCUUAGUCUCAUGACCCGACUGGAGGUUCAAGAAUAUGAGGAUUCUGCCAGUGAGUCUGAGAGUGACUCUGAAGCUAUUUCGUCCAGUGAUUCUGCUGACUUUCUCUUUGUCAAAACAAAAAUUAAGCUCAAACCUGGAGAUCGUAAGUGUCGUUCUUUGGAUCCGAAGCGGUCCAAAGAUUUGUAUAUUUUAAACAAAUCUCGCGAGGAUAGAAGACGAGCUAGCAAAGUGCAUGAUAACUCUUGCAUCUGUGAAGAACAACUGGACUUAAGUAAUUUAAAUUUGCCAGUUGCCACAAUGGACGGGGAUGCUGUACACAGCAGAGUUCCUAACAGUCAACAUCACAGUGGGAAUGAACCAGCGGUUGGCGACAGCACAAUAGCAGGUCAGGACGAGUAUCGUGCCUCCAAACAUCUGGAUAGUUUACCACCAAUCAGUGCUGAACACCUAGAGGCUAGCCAAGAGGAGGUUAGUGGCGCCUUGCUCCAUGGCGGAGAUCAGCUACUAUUGGGAUAUAUCUGGCAUGAACAAGAUGGUAUGUCUGUGGUCGACUUUGAAGGAUUGGAAGAUUUCCAGAGUUUAGAAGGGCAUGGAGCUCUGAUGAUUAUGUUUGAAGAUGAUGAUGAUUUGGUCAUUGAUGAAGCUAGUGAUAGUGAUAUGUUAUGUGAACCAACGGAUGUGAUCCCUGGCUAUCAAUCAUGUAAAGAAAGCAUGGGCGAAGGAAGCGAGUGUGAGAGUGAACCAAGGUCUCCUAGGGAUUCUGAUAGUUCCACCGUGCCAGUUACACCUCACCGAUCACGAAAAGGUUCAGAGAAAACGUUUGUGGCCGCAUUCAAAAGCAGCUUAAGGAGAGCUAGUAAAUACUUGGGACCAAAAUCCGAGAAUCAUCCUAGAAAGGCUAGCCAGAACUCUGGACAUGACCUCUCACAUUCAGGGAGAUCGUGUUCCAUGGGUCUGGACGAGGAGAGCAGUGCAGGAGUUUACAAUGUGCAGAGUGGUCGAGUAGCUGCAGUGGUAACCCAGUGUCCGACCAGUGACAGCGAUGGUCCUGACACUUGUUGCAGCUCUGGAGAAUAUUACGCCACACCCGCCCUCUGCGUCAACACAUCAGACGAGGACCCACCCACCGUUCAUGCUCCUACCUCUUCUCAGUGUGACCAUUUCCAACCCCAAAACCUUUUUCGCGAUACUAGUAUCUUCACAACAGAUACCGCUGGUCAGCCUCCCGUGCCGCCUCCAAGAUGGGUGCAGCGUAAACUUCAUGCGCUGCAGGACGUCCCUCGACGUCCACCUCCCAGUGUACAUGACACUCGGUACACCCAUCCUGCAACUUCUGUUUGGACUCAACCCUCAACUUCUCAUACAAUGGCACAGGCCCCACCCACUGCUCAACCAUAUUCUCCCAUACAACUCCCACCUAAUGGAAAAGAAAUGCAAUUUUAUUUGGUCGGUAUUCCUAAUUCAAAUCCAAGGGAAGGCAAGACCUGUUUGCCAGUGAUGACUCAAGGUGAGAGUGAGCUGGCGGAGGAGGGGGCGUCUGUCCAAGAAAUGCCUCCGCCACUUCCAGCCCCGCCACUUUAUGGCAACAACAUUGUGCCUGAUGGUGGCUGGCUACCGAGUAAUUAUCCCCACCACACCAAUAAUAAUCACUCUUGCACCGUCCCUAACCAUAGAUUUAUAGGAGUUGAUGUAGACCUUUCCCUUGAUUCCCCUCUUCAUGCAAGUGAAGAUUCUUCGACCAUACCCUCCCAUAAACCCACGUCUGUGAAACAGCUUAAACGGAAACAACAAGAAAAAGUUCUCCGCCAGGAGGCCGAAGAAACUGUAGGGUGUACGUUCUGCAUGGGCACGCCCCUAAUGCGUGCACGGCCACCAGAAGAUUCCAGCCACUGGCGCCAACCCAGUCCACACCCCCGAGGCAUCAAUGAUCGGCGCUCUUGGCCACUCAGAAAAUGAUGCAGGAGUGUAUCAACGCUAGCUCAUAAGGGGAAAUAUUGUGGCAUUUUAUGAAUAAAUGUAUUUAUGUAGAUAA